AUGGCAAUCUAUCGCACCAAUGAUGAUGACAAAAACCUUGGCGCACAAGAAAUUGGCAAGCACUUCAGAUUUGGCGAUAACAAGCAUGACACACUGCGUGAUGGGAUUGGACGAAGAUGGAUACUGGGUGACGGUUCCGUGGUUGCAGUUCGAGUAUCAAGAAAUGAACCAGACAAGCAACGGGAUGAAGAAAGAAGUGCAGCGGGAUUGGUGUGGUCAAAGAAACCUGCAAUGACAACCAUCAUGAGACCUCGUCGGUCAAUUUCUCAGUGGUCGAAUAAAACCAUGUUGAAAAGGGUGUUGCCGUUGCUGUUUUGGUUGGUGGCACAGUUGAUACCAGCCAAUGCUGCCACUGUAGAUCUUUCAACUUCUUGGGCGGAAGGAACGCUCUACAACCGAAACAAGGCAUACUGCACCCUGCAAGCAUCCCUGGCACCUUGUUCCGCUCGAGGAUAUGUGGUGAUUCAGGAUGGACUAUUGGUGGCAGAAGGCUACACGGAUGGAAACGACCGCAAUGGCAAAUAUGAUGCAUGGUCGGCCACCAAGUCCUGGAGCACUUUUUUCGUGGGCGUGUUGGUGGACCAAGGAAAGGUCUCUAUCAGUGAAACAUUGAAUGACAUUUUCAACGAUGCGUCCGACUGGGAAGGUGUAGGAGAAUCGAAUGAAAAGAAAUCCAUUACUGUCGAGGAACUCUUGACAAUGACGAGUGGGCUGGUCCCAGGAGCUUGUCAGGACAACAAUGGCCAAGAGACCAUUCAACAAGUGCUCAAUCAUGUCGACUAUGAUGGCAAUCAGCGAGGGAGAUUCAACUACAUUGGUCAGACUCACAUUUUGAGCCGCAUUAUCUUGCGACGAUCCGGGCAAUCACCCAGAGAAUUUGCCAAGACUGCGGGGAUCUUUACCAAAUUGGGCAUAUCCGAUUCGGAUUAUGAGUGGGAUACCUUUGGAGGCAUCGAAGGGUCCGCCUACGGACUCAAGAGCAACCCUCGCAUUCUAGCCAAAUUGGGUCAAUUAUAUUUGCAAAAUGGCGAGGCAGCUUCUGGAGAUCAACUGGUGGCGUCUUCCUGGGUAGCAGCCUCGGAAACCAACCAACUUGCCGGUGGCGAUAGCAGCAGCAGUGUCAACAGUGGUUUUGAUGGGUAUGGAUAUCAAUUCUACAACUUGAUUGAUGGAGGCAGUGGCUCCUUGGCCGGAGCCGCCAUGGCAGCGGGUGCACAAGGUCAACUUAUCGUGUACCUGCCCAGCAGCAGCACGACGAUUGCCAUAAUGGGACAAGGUUGCAUGGGAGCCGACAGUAGCAAGAUCUUUCUUCAAUCAAUCAUUGACAACUUGAACGAUUUCGCAGUGGAACAGACCAGCUGCAGUCAGAGUUUCUCCUACUGGAGCUAUUUUCGACAACACUCCACUGAACUUUUGGCGGGAGGUCUGCUUCGAGGGCUUCCGGAAGCACUGCUCGGAAGACAUCCUGUGUAA